AGACCAUGGACGCGACCGCCAAGGCCCACAUCGGCAUCCAGAAGCUGCUGCAGGCGGAGCAGGACGCGGCGGAGAUCGUGGCCAAGGCGAAGCAGGACAAGGUCGCGCGCCUCAAGCAGGCCAAGGCCGAGGCGGACGAGGAGAUUGCAGCCUACAAGGCGCAGCGGCAGGCGCAGUUCGAGGUCUUCUCCAAGGACAAGCUCGGCGACAGCGGAGCGCACUCCAAGACGACCCAGUCCGCCACCGAGGAGGAGCUGCUGCUGAUCUCCCAGCAGGUCGCGGGCAACAAGGACACCAUGAUGAACAUGCUGCUGCAAUCCGUGACCGAGGUGAGCGUCUGAGCCGCACGUGGCCUGCGGGCUGUCUUAGCGCGCCGCCAACCGCCCUCCUCUUCAAAGCGCGGGGUGCGGGCGCCGAGUGCGGUGGCGACUCGACGGGGCUGCCGAGGCGAGCCCGGUCAACGCCCCGGCGCGUGUUGGCGGCGAGCGCUGCGGGCGCCCGCGUGUACGUAAUAGUAUUCGGGCUAGAGUUUUGAGAGCGGACGCUGAGAGUCCGACCGGCCCCGCCUGGUUAGAGCUUAGACGAGUAAGACAGAGACAGAGUCCGUCCAGGAGACCGACCAGUCUCCCGACGUAUUUCAAAACGAUGUACUUCUC